CCUGUUCUCAGCUUUUCUUGAAGAUUUGUUAAUGUUUCUGAAUGUUUAAAAAUAUGUUUUUAUGAGUAUGACUAACAAUAUAUACUAAACAAUUUGAAUAUGAAGGCGUUAUCUCAACGCGUGAACGUAAUAGAAAGCAGAUAUUUCUCUUAUCAAAAACUAUGUUUACCCGAUUGAAGGGUUAGGUAGAAAUUAAGAGAUUAUAUUCAAUAUCAACUUGGCUUCACGUUGGAUAAGAAUGUUUAAUUAAGCGUAUUUUUAAAGCAAAAUGAAUAAAGAUUCUGACUUGGAUCUAGACAAGUUAACCGAAAUAAUUCAGGAAUUAAGCAUAAAUUCCAAUUCUGAUCCAGAUGCAUCGCAAAAUUUAGAAUAUAAAUCUGAAAACAAUAAUUUCGUAGAAACUGAUAAUGGAAAUUGCGAUAAAGAAAGUAUCUCAUAUAAAAAUAACCUACAAAAUUUUGACUUUCAUAAAAACAUUGAAAAUGAUUUAAAUAAAAAUGCAAGCAUUGAAGACGGUGAAAGUAUUUUUUCUAAAAAAGUUUCAACUCAAGUAUCACUGACUGAAAAUAAUUUUCUCUCAGCGUGCAUCGAAAAUGAAGUUGAAGAGGAGAAUCAAUUCUCCAAAUUGGUAACAUUAAUGGAUUCUUGUUCAUUGAAUGAUGAAAGAUUUGUCGAUGACUUCAAUAAAAAGGAAACAGAAGAUGAAGAUCAUUCUAUCAAGUUAGAACCAUUUACGGAUUAUUCUUUAUCAAAUGAAGAAAGUGUUUAUGAGGACGUUAUUAAAAAGGAAAUCGACGAUGAAGAUAAUUUCAUUGAAUUAGAAUUCUCAACGGAUUCUUCGUCAUCGGAUGAUGAUGAUGACGACACUUUAAUAGAAAGGGGAGGACCAGAAAAAAAUAAGACAAAGAAACACAAAGAAACAUUUUACAAACCUAUAAUUCCUGUUCACUCUGUUGCAUUUGGUAGGCCAAAAUUAUGCCAUCCUAGCAAUUCUGUUCCAAUUUUGAGAAAUAACUACAGAACUUCCCAGCAGACCCAAACAAGAUUGUCUCCUAAAUUUUCCCUCAGUGCUCAGCAAAUUGAAUCAGGUUUCAAUCCCCUUGAAAUUUUGUAUGUCAAUAGUCCUGAUUCAGGAUUUGGUUCCCCAUCACCUCCUGUGGUUUCCCCAUCAACACAUAUUACAUCAUCACAAUAUAGUUUCCCGCUAACACCUACAGCUUCCCCAGCAUCAGCAUCACAUGCUGCCUCCUUAUCAACGCAUAUUACAUCAUCACAAUAUACUUUCCCGCUAACGCCGACAGCUUCCCCAGCAUCAGCAUCACAUGCUGCUUUCCUAUCAACACAUAUUACAUCAUCACAAUAUACUUUCCCGCUAACGCCUGCAGCUUCCCCAGCAUCAGCAUCACGUGCUGCUUCCCUAUCAGCACAUAUUACAUCAUCACAAUAUACUUUCCCGCUAACGCCGACAGCUUCCCCAGCAUCAGCAUCACAUGCUGGUUUCCUAUCAAUACCUACUGCUUCACCAUCAGUAGAUGUUUUUUCCCCAUCAGCAGAUAUUUCUUCCCUACCAUCGGAUAUUGGAUCCCCAUCACAACCUAUUUUUCCCUCAUCAUCACAUUACAUUUCCCCGUUAACACCUAAUGGCUUCCAAUCGUCACAUGCUGUUUCCCUACCAGCACCAACUUCUUUCCCAUCUGUGGAUGCAGUUUUACAAUCUAUUGUUUCCUCGUUACCACCCAUUGCUUCCUCAUCACCACAUGUUGAUUCCUCAUCAGCAUCCACUUUGGAUUCUGUAUUACCUUUUGGUAAUGAAAGUGAUGAUAAGGAACGAGAUAUUUGUAAACUUGUUAAUUCAUUUAUUGAGGCAGAAGAAUACUUCAAAGAAAGAAGAGAGUUACAGCAAAAUUCUCUCAUUCCUGAUUCAAAUCGUGACGAUAUUGAGCAGCUUGCUGAGAAAAAUUAUGAUCCUAUAGACUCAGAGAAGACUAAUACAGCUAAAAAUCUUCAAAAUGAGAAAACUUCAUUGGAAGAAGUGCUCAGCCACCUUAUAAUCUCUGACUUAUCUCAAGAGCCCGAUGAAGUUUCUGAUGAGUGGUGGAAGGAUAAUUUAAAUGAUCUUUAUGACUCAGUAUGCAAUGCGAAUAGAAGUAGAACAACUAUAUCCAGUUCGAAAAACUCUACACAUAUUGCAAGCAAAGUUCAUGUGCAAUGCUGCAGAGUUGAUAGACAGGUGACCAGUGGUGAACAGAAAAUAAGCUUCCAAAUAAAGGACAAUGCUAAAAUGGUUCUUCGAAACUCUGAAAGUUUUGAUGUUACAAAGUAUCUAGAUGAAAUUAAAAAUGUACUGUUAAAAAUCAAACAUCAAGAGAAAAGUAAGAAAAAGAUUAGAAUAAUUGAUUAUGAUGAGAGAGAAAAUUACAAGAACCUGGACCAAACGAACCUCCACUCUGCUGUAAUUGAAUCAAAUGUAGAAAAAGUGUUAUGCCUUGUUGAAACUCUAAAACGUUAUGAUCAGACUUUCUUUGAUAUCAAUUGCAGAGAUGCCAAUAAAAAAACAGCCUUAGAUUAUGCUAUCCAGAAAAAGAUACCUUCGCUAGUUAACUACUUGAAGGAAAACAAUGCUGUUCCAGCAGUAUCUGUAUAGUUUGCCUUUAUUUUAUGUAUACCAAAUCUACCUCUGUAACUGUCUAUUUAGGCAGCUUUUGUUAUCAACAAUCUUAUUAAUUGUUUUGUACCAACGCUGUUUGAAAUUGUUAAAAUACAUUUAAUUUAAAAAAAAUAAUUUUUUUAUAUUUUAUAAUAAAAAUUAAAUAUGGACUUUUCUAUUUUUUGUUACACACCUAUUAGUUAUUAAAAAAAUUCGCAUACUAUUUAUGUUAUGAACAGUAUUAUUUUCAAUAUUUUUUCUCUCUUUUCUUUGUAACGGAACGAAUAAUUUGAUCUCUUUAUUUCUGAUCUAAGAUUAUAGAAUGUUAAUUUCCAUUAAUGAAACUAUGAAACUUUUUAUCUAUUGAUUAUAAGUUUUAAGAACUGUUUAAAUUAUUUUUUAAUCUCUUUUAUAAUUCUAAAAGCUGCAAAAUUUAUAAAACGGAAAAUUAAUUCCAGUAAUUGAAUGUAUUUAAUACCACUAUAUAUUUUUUAAACAUUAAAAUGAGGAAACUUGUAAACUUGUUUUAGUUUGAAACAUUUGUGUGAUAUAUUUAU